UUACUCAUUCAAAAGCGCGAUAUAAAGACUUAAGCAUCGCAGUCAACAUUCAUCUUCUGAAAUAUGUAAAUUCGAACUGGUUACACUGCUAAAAAGUCUUUAAAAUUCAGGAUUUUUUAGGAUUCUGCUGGUAGUUUCACUUUUAUUUUCAACGUGGCUGGUGCUCAUUUAUCAUUGUAAAUAUGGAUUGGGCAUUACAUUGUAGAAAUUGUAGAAGUUUGAUAGCUUCGUUGUCAGAUCUUCAAUUCACUUUAAUUGGUUGCGCUGGGAUUCAUAUGAAUUUGAAAAGAGGAAUUGAUUUGGAUGAAAUAAUUGAAAAAAUACAAAAUCCUGAUCCAAGGAAAAGAGUUCGUGCUCCCUUCAAGGCAAAGUGUCGACAACCAAACUGCCAGAACUAUUUAGGAUCUUAUAUGAAUGAUUUACUGUCUUUCAGUGCCAAUGAAGUUUUUUUUAAAUCCAGACACGAAGAAAAAAAGUGGAAUAAAUGGUCAAAGGCUUUAAAAUCCCUUGAAGAUAUGGGUAUAUCUAUUGAAAGACCCAGUAAAACUACAGAAAGUAAUUUGAGGCCUAGAUCCAUUCCCUUAGUUUACUUAAAUUGUACUCUUACCAGUAAGAAUACUAUUGUUAAACUUACCAAGGAUAAACCACGCGAUUAUCAGAGAAAAUUGUUUCUUGAAACGAUGACAGGAAAUUCCCUUGUGUAUCUUCCUACGGGAUGUGGUAAGACCCUAAUUGCUGCAAUGGCGAUUGCAUGCAUGAGUUUUCUUAAUCCCACUAAAGGCUGUUUUUUGGCGCCAAAGAUACCACUUGUUCAACAGCAAUUCAUGUAUCUCAAAGCGCAACUGCCGAAUUUGAAAGUUCUUUUCCUAACUGGACAGAAAGAUGAAGAAAACGUUGGCAGCAACAAUUGGGGCAAAGUUCGUCAAGCAUUGGAGCAACGUACUGUUGAUGUAAUGGUUAUGUCUGCAGAGAUAUUUGUCAAUUUCUUAGUUGACAAUGGAAACUUGCUCAAAUUGGCUGAUGUCUCUACAAUUGUAUUUGAUGAGGCACAUAAUUGCACUGGACAACAUUCUUAUGCAAGAAUUAUGACAAAGUAUUCACCUGUUGAAGAGAGAUUCGGUUUAAACGCUCAUAUUGCUUUAAAUGUACCUAAGAAAUUUUCUAUAGACAAGCUGUUGGACAAACUUGAUUGCAAGGUUCUUUGGCCCUGUGAACAAGAUCUCUCGCUGUUUUUGAACAGACCAAGUAUGACCUACGUAUUAAAGGAACAUGACGAUUUACAAAGGUUACUGGAAAACAACGUAGAAACUUACUUGCAAUCACUGCUUCCAUAUUUGGAACGAUUUGUGCCCGAACUGUCAGAUUUAAGAGAUCACAAAGUUCAGUCCAGCAAUUACAAAGGAAUAUUACGACGGGAAACGGAGAAACUUCAAAACAAACAAGAUAAAAUUCAGGAAUUGGCACUAGCAGAGCAUGUAUUCAGUAUUUUAAGUGUGCUAGAGGUGAACACUAUAAUAGGAUGUAAAAAAGCCUGUGAAAAUUUGUUUACUGUAUUCAAAUCAAUAGAGGAAGCUGGAAAUCCAAUGGACAAACAACGUCAAAGAGUGUUGACAGGCCUUUCCUUCUAUGAACGGUUGAUAAGGAAUGUUAGAAGUCUUAAAGUUGCUUUUGAUUGCAGUAACGAUCACCAUUCCAAUCGUUUUGAUGAGCUACGACGUGAACUCCGACAAUUUGCUGAAAAAGUUCGAAGAGGAAAUGAAAACUGCAGGGGUAUUGUCUUCGUAACUAUGCGCAAGACUUGCACAAAGUUAUGUGAAGCCAUUUCAACAGAUCCUCUUAUUUGGGAGUAUCUAAAACCUGAAAGAUUUGUCGGUCGUGGCAAGGGAACGCAGGCCAUGGAAUGGACAAACGAGCAAACUGUUUUAACAAAAUUUCGCAAUGGAAAAUGCAAAUUACUAAUCUCAACAAGUGUCCUGGAAGAAGGUCUUGAUAUACCAGCAUGCAAUCUUGUUAUCCGAUUCGACAGCAUCGUGAGCAUGCGCGCCUUAAUACAAAGCCGUGGUCGAGCAGCGAGAUGUUCCGGAAGUCGUUUUAUAAUCAUGUGUAAUGAUGAUGCUGAGAUGAGCUCGCUCAAAGAACUUGAAAUAAAAGAACGCAAUAUGGAGGACAUUAUUAAAGAGAAAGCCCGCUUCUCAAUGGAAAAUACAAGAGGUUGUGAAACACAAAAAUUGGAUCGAAAUACUUGUCUAUCAUCGCCAAAGAAGCGUUCUCGACAAAAAAGACGUGCAAGUAAAGUUAAUAAAAGAAAGAACCUUGCAGUAUCAGUGACUGUAUACUACAGCAAGAAUGAUAGAAAACGAACAGUCAAAAGCUGCAUACAACCUCUACGCAGUCAUUUUGAUAUUUCGAUAAGUGAACCCAAAAGCAAAUCCCUUUCCCCGUAUGGCCUACAUGACCAGUUGGCCAUUAAAAUGGACGUCAGACCUCAGCAAGGAGAUAAAACGCAUCGAAACUCUGAUCAGCUAUUUGACGACAUUGUUCGAACAUGGUGUGAAGUUGGACCAAGUAUGUGGUUAGAAAGCGAUACAAAACCGCUGGACAGAAAUAUGGUUUUUCAUAUCAUACCAAUACAACUCUUUGCUGGUGGAGAUUUUGAAAAUCGAACAGUUUUUUCCGAGGAGUGGCAAUAUCAGUGUAAUGGUGGCGCUGAGAUCUUAUUUCUUCACGAUCUGAAGAUGAUCACAAUUGUCUUUAAAAGAAAUGAUGGAAUUCUUUAUAAAAUUGAGUUUCGUUACGACCAAAUGCACGAAUUUGUUGUUUUAAGUGUUCCAAAUGAGAAAAAAGAAUCCAUUGAUUUAUUCUUUAGCCUUCGAAACGUACCAAUGUUGUCAGCAGCAACUAAGUAUGUUUCCUGGUUUGAUGAGGAGGCUGAUGACUGCUCGUUUACCGAGUAUUAUCUGCGUGGUUAUUCAGAGUCGGAAGAUGAAGGAAUAGUUGAACUAGACGACGAAGAUAACAAUGAAGAAACUCUUUACAAGGAAGAUUUUAAUGAGAAUGAUGAUUGGAGUGCAUUUGCUAAUGUCUCACUUGAAGAAGAACCACUUCCACUUUAUGAACCAGACUUGCAAACACAAAACUUCAGCCCAAUUCAUGAAAAUGAUGAAAUUUUAUCAGAUGACUCGUCUAGUGACAGUGAAUCUGAAUCUAAUGAAGAACAAUCAUCUUUUUCUGCUGAACAAACCAGCGCAGUUGAAGAAUUAGUCUGGGUAAAAAAGUGGUCUCGUAGAGUUCAAAUCGAAGAAGGGAAGAAAUUUGGCAAAUUUCUUAGUUUACGGUUUCGUGUCCCAUACAAUUCAGAUUUAUAUGAUGCUUUAGAAGCUCUAAAAGGAUAUGGAAAGAGAAUAUUUUACGCCCCAGUUGCCAUCAAGAAUCAUAUAAAUGAGUGCUACCGUAUUGCUGUGUUUUCACAAGAAGUUCAGUAUGCUCAUCAAUGCUUCAUUGGUCUCAAUUUGAAUGUACGAUGUCGUUUAACAUCGCGCUUUUAUGAUCUUCUUACACAGAUCAGUCAAGUGCAUUGCAUUAACUCAUUGUAUCACCUGUCGUCAACGGCAGCACAUAACUACUUUAUGCAACCAGAGGAAGAGCUUUCAAUAUUGGUUUCAAGAAUGCGAAGUUUAACUCGUGCUCAUGUUACGCCAGCCUCCGUUCCUUCUCAUUGUGCUUUAGUAAAAAGACUGGUGCUUACUCCAACUAGAGUAAUUCCAUUUCCACCAGAGGUAAUGGAGACAAAUCGAGUUUUGCGCAAUUAUGAACCACAAAUGUUCAUGUCAGUUAGCAUACGAGAAGAAGAUUAUUCGAAAUUACGAGGACAAAAUGCAUCAUUGGAAGUGAUAUUGCAGGAUAUCAAAAAUUAUAUGUUGCAAGGACUGCCUGUUGCUAAUCGUGUGUAUCACUUUCUUGGCUGCUCCAACAGUCAAAUGCGUAGCCAUGGAUGCUGGUUUUUUGAAGCAGCUAACGGAGAAGAAACAACACGUAUUCGUUUAUGGAUGGGUGAUUUAAGUGGGAUAAGAUGUAUUGCGUCAUACAUGUCUCGUUUGGGUCAAUGUUUUUCAACGUCGAUUGACACAGUUGGUGUUUUACUUUCUGAAGAUUCAAGAUGCCAGGAAAUUCCAGAUGUUAAAGAUCCAUAUGACGUAUAUUGUUUUUCAGAUGGUGUAGGGACUAUAUCCACUCAACUUAUCAAAGAGGUUUGUAUAAAGGUGGGGAAAUCAAGCAAUAUCUCAGCUCUACAAAUACGUUUUGCUGGUUGUAAAGGUGUCCUUUGUGUAGACCCAACACUUCGUGGUAAACAAAUUUGUAUUCGUCCCAGCAUGAAGAAGUUUGAGUCGGAUCACAAAAGAGUGGAACUACUACAGACAUCUCGCCCUCAAGCUGCUUAUCUUAAUCAACAAAUAAUCAUGUUACUGUCUAAUCUUGGUGUUCAGGACGAAGUAUUUAUCCACCUACAAGAAAAAAUGCUGGAUAACUUAGCUGCAAUGAUGCUAAAUGAGUCUGAAGCUUUACAGCGCAUGUCUAGUAUCAUUCGAACUGGAGUCGAUUACAAGAGUCUAAGCAACCAUGGCGUGUCUUUAACAUGUGAACCUUAUAUGAAGUCUUUGAUGUGUGCAUUGUACAGGGAGCGCAUUUAUCGUUUAAUGAAGAAAAGUCGAAUUCUUGUUCCUGUAAACGACGGAAGACUUAUGAUGGGCGUUAUGGAUGAAACUGGUUUACUUGAAGAUGGGCAGGUGUUUCUUCAAUGUUCUCAUAUGACGUCAGAAGGAGAUGAGGAGAAUUUACCAAUCAAUCAACAGUCCUGGACAGUUAAUGGUUCUGUCAUGGUAACACGUAACCCCUGUUUACAUCCGGGAGAUGUACGUCAACUGGAGGCGGUGGAUAUUUUUGAGUUACAUCACAUAGUCGAUUGUAUUGUGUUUCCACAAACUGGAAGUCGUCCUCAUCCCAAUGAAAUGGCAGGGGGAGACCUCGACGGAGAUCUCUAUUUUGUAACCUGGAAUAAGGAUUUUCAACGAAGACGUGACCUCCACAAACCUAUGAAAUACCCAGCUUUACCAAAGAAAGAAAAAUAUGGUCCAAUCACUGUGCAAGAUAUGGCUGAUUUUUAUGCAGAAUAUAUUGAGCAUGAUGCACUCGGAAUUAUUGAUAAUAAACAUAAAGCUUAUGCAGACUAUGAAGAAGAAGGUGUUGAGUCCAAAUGUCUCAAACUUGCUGAGCUACACUCUUUAGCAGUAGAUGCGCCAAAAACAGGAGUAUGGCCGGCAUCCAGUCCUCCCAGACAUCCACCAUCUUACCCAGACUUCAUGAUGGUUGCUGAAAAACCCGUUCAUAUAUCACAUAAGGUACUAGGGAGGCUUUUCCACGAAGUUCGAGAUUUUGAAGAGAUCAUGAACGGCAGUGCACAAGAAAAACAAGUACAAAUUGAUUGCAGGCUAAUCUUUCCUGGCUACCAGCAGUAUUCCGAAUCAGCCGUCAUCACAUAUACAGAAUAUGCAUUGCAAUUACAGAAUAUGAUGACGUUGUAUGGAAUCAAAUCGGAAGGAGAAAUGUUGAGCGGUUAUUUUUACAAACUUAAAGGUGAAUUUGGCCGUGAGAGAUCGCAAAUUGCCGUGGUUGUACGAAAAUUGAUUCAUCAACUGCGAAUAGAGUUCCGUACUUUGUUUUUUUCUGAAUUUCAAUUAGAUGGAAGCGAGCCAUUAUCUUCAAGUCAGGUGACAGACAAGAUGAAGCAGAAGGCUUCUGCUUGGUAUCACUACGUUUAUAAACCUGCUGAUGCAAGAACGACUUCUGGCUCUAAAAAUAUUUUGACUCGGUUCCUCAGUUUCCCUUGGGUCGUUGAUGACGUACUUGUAGCUGUUCUAUCAAGUUCGACAACUAAUGUCCUACCUAAUGACGUCACGAACUCUGUUGCUCGUGAUUUAUCUCAAAGUAUUCUUACGUCUUUCAUUAUUGAUUCCAGUUAUAUGCUAGACCAGUACCAAUAUCGUCUGGAUUUAUUACAAGAUAUUGCAGAUGCUAUUUCAAGGAAUUGUCCGCAUUAUAAUCUGGUAAUGUUUGGUUCGUCUGCUAACUUUCUGUUUCGUCCAGAUUCUGAUCUAGACGUUUGCGUUGUUCAUUUGCAAAGUCGAGCACAAGUUGUCCAAAUCGAUAAAUUACAGCAAAUUCAGCCGAUUCUUCGUCGCUGCUUUGGUGGUGCAAGACUUAUUGAAGACGCCAAAGUUCCAGUAAUUCGAAUAGGAAAAAUUAGAAGUCCGCGAUCUUUUAAAAAUAGAUUGAGCAUUUCAUGUGAUGUUUCCGCUAACAUUAAUGGAUUUAUGAAAACCUACGUUUUGGUCUCUUAUUAUAAAAGAUAUCCCUGGCUGCUGCCACUUAUUCGCUUUGUUAUCAUGUGGGCAUAUGUCAGCGGUCUAUUGCAGAAACUAGACGGAUCUCUUGAGUACGGACGACAUCAAUAUCCUUGCGAACAAAUGCAGAAGGCAUACCAUAUACUUGCUAUUCAUGGCAGCAGUGAAGUACUCUUGGAUAUUAGUUCAGCCAGAGUACAAAGAGUUUUACGUUGUCUAGUCUACAGUCUCUUGAAAUCAUCAGCCAGCAGCAGGAGAGAUCACGUGCUCGCGAAUUAUCAAAAUGCUUUCGAGAAAAUCACAGAAACAAAGAGCGGUGCCUUUGUAAGAAUCCGACGUCAGCUCCCUGGAUCUAGUCAGAACUUGAUCGUUGAAGCUCGUGGUAACAUCGGGAGUAUUCGUUUCCUGGAGCGAGUUUUAAACUCACAUGAAAGUAAAUGUCAAUCCAAUAAAGUUUCGACAAUGUCAAAGUGUUUUAUUCGUGGAUCGUCGAUGAUUACCUUUGAUGGUUGUCACAACAACGAUGAUCACGUGAUACUUAUGCCUUACAACGGUUAUCAUCAUCAAACACAUGAUCAGAGAAUACGUCAUAUUCCGUUGCUUGAAAAUGGAUCUCAGACAUAUAGUCUUUGUGAUUUUCAAGAAAGCCACGUCUUCAAAAGUGUUCGCACUAAAUUUCUUGAUCAACUAAAGGUAGUAACACGUGAUCACGACAAACCCCUUCAUGGUGAUUUAGAGUUCGUUGUUCAUUUUGGUCGAAUAUACGCUUUCGACAUUCCAAAUGCAUUGAAUGAAGACAGCGAGCCAAUGACCAUCACAGAUUUUCAGUAUUCAGCCGUUAAAGGACGUAAUCCAAGGAAAUUAAUGCCGAAGUCCGGUCGAAAUAGGCCGCGCAGGCCUGGUGCCAAUAGUGGUCGUAAAAAACCAAAAUCAAAACGUAAACAAAAAAUUGAUGCAAAACCUGAAAUCGACAAAACGCCAAAUCAUUCACUUUUCACAGUAAUCAGUGAACAAGGUUCACAAAAAGUGGAGGCUUACCUGAGACGUAAGGGAUACAUAAAACAAAAUGAUGAGCCCACGAUAUCGUAUACAGCGACUGUGAAAGUUGGAAGUAGUGAGUAUUAUGCUUGUUAUGAUGAGCUUUUUCAACCAACCAAAUUACAGCUACCAAGAUUGAGAUGGUUUCUUGCUGAUAUUAAACGUCCAUGGGUCGAACAUCAUAGUACAGUUGGACCUUCCACAGGAAGCGGUGAUGGAGUGGAAUGUGACGUCAGAUUUAUAUUAGGUACCUCCCGCGAAUUUCCGCCUGGUGAUAUUGAAACAAAUGAUGAAACAAGUGUUUUAAAGGUGCUAAGUAUGAACACCAGUGGCCUUCCAUAUCCUUUUAUCACAAGUGCAGACCUUGGAAAGCGUUUACAACUAGUGAGACGAAAAGAGAAAUGCAUCUAUCAGAAACUUGGUCAUCGAACGCAAGUGUGCAUUAGUAAAGUGAAAGAAUAUUCCAGAUUAAGAAAAUCAACUUUUAAAAAAGUUUUUGAACGACAAGAACUUGUUAUUCGCCCAGAACUCCCUGCAAAUUUGGAUACUGAAACUGAAGUUGACGAGUUUCUCAAAAAGAUAUGGAAGAAAUCCUUUAAACUUGCAAAAAUUGCUUCCGUAUGAAUAGAUUAUCCUUAAAAAAUGGCAUUAUUUUGCAACAUUUAUGAAAAGAUUUUUGAAUUAACAAGUACGUAUUUGAAACAUAUUACAUUUAUAGUAGAAAAGUGAGCAUCUUUGUAAGUCAUAGAAUUUAUAUUAUAUUGCAAAAAUUAUA